AUGUGCCUUCCUGCUAUUCUUCUCUACAGGACUGCCCGAGUGGCAGUACAGCAACCUGACGGAACCCUUAUGAAAACGGAAGGCAAAGAACAGCAAGUUUUGUACAUCACACAGCAUGGCAUGAUUGGCGGAACAGGCCAAGUUGCUACAUACCUGAUGCAACCGAAUAUGAUGGAUGUUCGGGCAGAAAUAAUUCGCUGCUCUACCCAUCCCGUGUGCAAUUAUGUUUGGAAGCUCAAAACUGAUUAUUGGAAACUACUAGUGAGAUUCACAUCUCCCUGGCAGCCCUUUGCCCAGCUGGCUUGGUUCCCAUCUCCUAAAGGGGAUCGGUGUAUCGCAUCGGCCUACUUUGCUCGAACUACGGGUGAGGUGGUUGUACAAAUGGGUCCCUCGGGCCGGACUGUCGGCAAAGCCACCCAAACUCCCUUUGCUGGUCACGGCUCACCUAUCACCUGUUCAAUUGAUAUCGAUCAUAUCACAGAACAUGAUCAGAUUGUCAUUUUCCUACCAGACGAUCCCACCUUGGCUCCUGUGCUGUCCCAGGCCUUCCGAAGACCAGCCACCGAAUGUGUUGCACAGGUUGUACAGCCAAUUCCAUAUUACACUGACGAAGGCUUCAGUCUCAGCGGCAGAAUCAAUGUUGCCAAUGCAGUUCAAGCGGGAAGUUACAUGGGCGUCUGUGUCCCGCUUCCGAUUAGCGAUAUCUCUCUUUUUCACUUACAACCCGACCAACUGUGUUGCGAUUCACAUCAAUACUACUCGCCAUGCACAGACAGCCCUAGUUCAGCUUCGAACUCAAGUUUCGACGUACACUCAGAUGAUUCAGGAAAUACGCAAUUUGUCACCAUGGUUGACCUUGAAGUUCAAGAGAAUGACAUUGACGAUAGAUGUAUUGUUGUCAAACCUCUGCUCUGA